UUGACGUGAUUAAAAAAAAACAUGUCGAGUUACUUCUCGCGCUUGCCCUUAUUUUAAUUUUAGUCGUGUUGUGUUCAUUGUAGGUCGUGGCGUAAAUACUAAUUCGGUUACAGGCAGUGUUAUUGGUGUUUGUGUUGUGAACAUGUGAUAUUUAUUUAUAACAAAUAUGGAGACCAAUGCAAAUCAGAAGGUGACCUGCGUAGCGAACUACGCAUACGAUGCGUCGGAGCCGGACGAGCUGACGAUCCGGCCCGGCGAGGUGCUGCGCGACGUGGAACGGCUGCCGGGCGGCUGGUGGCGCGGCGAGCUGCGCGGCCGCAGAGGCAUGUUCCCCGACAACUUUGUCUCCGUCACCACGGACCAGACCAGUGCCAGAAGCAGCACCGGCGUGUCGGGGCGCUGUCGGGCGGUGUUCAGCUACCAGCCAGCGAACCCCGACGAGCUGCCGCUCUGCGUCGGCGACGUGCUAGAUGUCCUUGGGGAGGUGGAAGAAGGCUGGUGGCAAGGACGCCGGCAGGGCCGCGUGGGCGUGUUCCCGUCCAACUUCGUCGUGAUGCUGGACUCACAGCCGCCCCCGUACGAGACUACUACCUUUGAGCCUGCGCCUGCGCUUCCGCCCAAACCUGUUAAGGAGCUAUGUCGCGUUCUUUUCCCGUACACGGCGGUGAACGAGGACGAAUUGACGCUGGCCGAGGGCGACAUCGUGACGAUAGUGUCCAAGGAGGCGCCCGACCGCGGCUGGUGGCGCGGCGAGCUGCACGGCCGCGUCGGUCUCUUCCCUGACAACUUCGUGCAACUGCUGCCACCUGUUACACAUGACACAAUGGAAGAAAAGAAACCGGACCGGCCGCCCAGCAAGAACUCGAUAUACCCCGUAUUAAACAAGUACUCCGAAAAAACCGCCUCUGUCAAAGAACUGACCACCUCUAAAAUAAGUACGCACAAAGAAAAUACAAUUAGUAAGGAGAACAACAUUACAAGUACAGUCACGCACACAAAUAAAAGCGAGUCCGAGAAGCUCAUACAUAGCGAGACGAUCACGGACGGAACGCCAGACUCACAAGGAAAGAAACCACCAGUGCCAUUGAAGAAAAGUCCAACGCCGACGUCCGGCGUUACCGGCCUGUUCAGCGGAUUAAAAAACAAGAUGCUUUCCACGGACAAAGAUAAAGAGAAGUCCUCGACGACGGUAUCGUCGGGCAGCAGCAGCGGCGGCGAGUGGGACCGGCCCGACGGCGGCGGCGCCAGCAAGCCCGCCGCCAGCACCACCACCACCACCACCACCAACAACAACAACAACAACAACAACAACAACACCUUCGACCACGUCGAGCGCCACUCCAUCCUCAACGACCCCCGCGCCGGCAGAGUAAAAGCGCCGCGGCGCCGACCCCCUAGUCAAGCGUUGCGGGAUGAUACUCCACAACAAAUCGGAUUAAGUAAUGGACAUGAAGUUCCAGGCGACAAGCCGGCCGCUGGCGAGAAGCCGGAGGAGAUCAAACCGCGGGCACGCGAGUGGGAGAAGCACCGCGCGCCGUGGAUGGAGGAGCUCAAGCUCAACCAGGCCAAGAAGACCAGCUUCGACGGCAAGCCCAGCAAGGGCACCGGCAGCACCGACAGAAUUUUGGAGGUUGGUCUAGAAGAAAAGAGAUCGUCACAUUCGAUGGAAAUGUCAAAGAGCACGUCAUCUAUUAGCAGCAGAAUGUCCGUUCUCGAGAGUUUUGAAGAGACGAAAGUGCGUCACUCGGCGGACAACAAGACGGCAGCGCCGAAGGAUCCCGAGCCCGCCGCCAGGCCUGUCCAUUCGCCUACCGCUGCUGGGCGCACGCUGCUGGCCAUGCUGGACGACAUCAAGAGGCCGGCCGCGCCCGCCGCCAUGCUCCGCAGCACUCCAGACAACGACAACAAGAACGCUAAAAUUGAUAUUCAGAAAACCACCCUCACAUCGGAGAAGAACGAAGUGAGCAGCUCCAAAUCGGGCGUGUUCGAGAAAAGCACCGUCGAGCGGUUGGAGAAGACGGAAGAGAAGGUGGAGAAGACGGAUAAGCCGGCAGUUUUGGAGAAGACGACGACGCUGGAGAGGCGGCAGCGGGAACGGAGCGACUCCGUCGAAACGCUUGUUGCCCAACUUAAUAAUAGGAUAUCAAAUCUGGAGAAGCUACUUGAAGUACAAAAUGCGAAGUUCAACGCAGCCAUCGAAGAGCUGACGAGCAAGCUGGCAGCCGAGGCGGAGCAGCGCGCCGCCCUGCAGAGCGAGCUGCACAAGCUGGCGCACUGCGUCACGCAGGUGUAGAGCUGACGAGCAAGCUGGCAGCCGAGACGGAGCAGCGCGCCGCCCUGCAGAGCGAGCUGCACAAGCUGGCGCACUGCGUCACGCAGGUGUAGAGCUGACGAGCAAGCUGGCAGCCGAGACGGAGCAGCGCGCCGCCCUGCAGAGCGAGCUGCACAAGCUGGCGCACUGCGUCACGCAGGUGUAGAGCUGACGAGCAAGCUGGCAGCCGAGACGGAGCAGCGCGCCGCCCUGCAGAGCGAGCUGCACAAGCUGGCGCACUGCGUCACGCAGGUGUAGAGCUGACGAGCAAGCUGGCAGCCGAGACGGAGCAGCGCGCCGCCCUGCAGAGCGAGCUGCACAAGCUGGCGCACUGCGUCACGCAGGUGUAGAGCUGACGAGCAAGCUGGCAGCCGAGACGGAGCAGCGCGCCGCCCUGCAGAGCGAGCUGCACAAGCUGGCGCACUGCGUCACGCAGGUGUAGAGCUGACGAGCAAGCUGGCAGCCGAGACGGAGCAGCGCGCCGCCCUGCAGAGCGAGCUGCACAAGCUGGCGCACUGCGUCACGCAGGUGUAGAGCUGACGAGCAAGCUGGCAGCCGAGACGGAGCAGCGCGCCGCCCUGCAGAGCGAGCUGCACAAGCUGGCGCACUGCGUCACGCAGGUGUAGCUUGCGCCAGUCCGCUUCCCGGCCGAGUGAGUGCUCCAAUCAGACUCUUUUUACUACGAUUCACAUAUAAACAUGUACAAUUAUCUCGGUUCACGAUGGCACACCCACUGUUUUUCCACACUAAUUGUGAACAAUUAGUAUGGAAAGACAGAACAGAACGCACCUACGUGGAUAGCACUGUCUGUAACGCGCCGAUUGUGUAUGUGAUAUGGAAAAUUUAACAAUUUUAGCAACUUUCAAUUGUUAACACGAGUGCACAGCAUGUCCCGCUCAGAGAGAGUCCGUGCGUUAUAUUUAUAUGAAACUGCGUAUAUAAAGUGUUCUAGAGAAUGUUCAUGUAGUUCCGAAACCAUUCGAUCCUAGUAAUGGUCUAAGUAGGUAUAGCCUAUUUUAUAUUUGUUGGCGUGUUUCCUCUCCAGACAACAUUUAGCUACGGAAUAUAAUAAGAUUGAUAUAUGAGGACGACAUAUGACAUUGAUAUUUUAGGUAAGAUUUCAGGGUUGGCCCCAUAUAAAACUUGCUCAACGGCCUUCGUGGAUCGUUUAAAAUUUUUUUUAACGGACUUAACUAGUCCACAUAUUAAUUCAUUACUUUUCAAUUGAACCAGAUGAAUACGAAUUAAGGCUCGGUAAAAACCUGAACUAAGUACAAAGAUAAUAGAAAAACGGUGAAAAAUAUCUUAUCUUCUUUUUAUUUUUGUUCUUUAAGGCCUCGUUUUUAUCCUUUGAGUAUGGAACCCUAAAAAAACGGAAACACACCGAGUAAUAUUGAGUAGACUAUAAUCGCGUUUAUUUAAUGUCGUCUCUAUUCUUCAUGGUUAUUUCUUAUGAUAUUUCUAAUAAUGUAAUGGAAAGCUUUACUCGAUUUUAGUGACGCGAUCGGAUGUAUGCAUUGUAACUCUUAUGUAAUGAAAUUUUAUAAUGUGAUGCAUGUUUACAUUUAUUAUUAUAGCGAAAGGGAUUUUUUUGUGAAUGUACUUAGGUGUGCCAUGGCUGAAUGUAAGUCGAAAUUGCAAACACCGAUAUUUUUUUUUAUAAAUGACAAAUCAUACUGUGUGUGUACACAAUAAAAUAUGUUCACGAGUGAUUUGGUAUAUUUUUUAUUAAAUGAAAAAUUUGAAACAGGUUUUUUAAAUAAUCCUUAAUAUCUAAAAACUGCUGUUCUAAAAUAAGUAAGUAAACAAGUUAAUAAAGAAAUAUCAGAUCACCCUUGAAAAGAUUUUAUGGUAUACAUAUCCAUUUUGUCUUCUUGAAACUGACAUCUGUACGAUUUGAGCAACGCAUACUGCCUAAACAAAUAUGGUAAUAAAUGUCGUCGUAGAUUAAGUAUAACGCGCUAUUUAUGAAUACAAAAUUUGUGCCAUUUUUUGGAUCACGCACAGUCCCUUGGGGCGAGAGAUGUAUAUUUACGUAAUUGUGAUGUUUGCAACCCUCUUUAUGUGAUUCGCACAUUCCAGUAAAACAUUGAAAUUAUGUUAUAUGUGUUUAAAACAAUAGGAGAUAUUGAACCAAAGUUUCAUUUGAACUAGUAUGUGGUAUAUAAAUUACAUUAUGUAUCAAGAGCCAUAUAGUUAAUAUAUUUUUCUAUAUGUACAGAAAUGAUUUAAAUGUUAACUUUUUGUAUCGUAUAAUGUACCUUUUGUAAACAUAUCUGAAUCAUUUAUUUGACAUAAUAUUAUUGUAAGAAAAUUAUUAUUCAUUAUAGUAUAGACAUAAUUGUGGUAUCGAUUGAAAGGAUUGACUAUGAUGCCAUUUAAUACAGGGUUAAGAAUUCAAAUGAGUCAGUAUGGGCAACUUUAAAACUGUAACGGAUUGCUAUUGAACGAAAUGAAGGUAAAUCGGAGAUGUUGCUUGCGUUUGGGUAAUCGAGCCAAGGGGUUGAAACGCCGACACCCGGUCAGCUCGGUAAUUUUUUUGUGCUUUAAUAUUUAAAAUAAUUGUUGCCAUAAUUUCUGAAAACUACUUCUAACUUCUGGUAACAGACUUUCCUAUACUGAGUCGUUUAGAUUUCUUACCCUACGUUUUUAUUCAUGAUAAUGGGCAAUAUACACCAAUUGCCAAUAAUUACUACUGUCUAAUUAUGUGCUUAAAAAUUGUUAUUAAGCAAAUUUGUGAAAUAAUACCCUAUACAUAUACAUGCUUAUAGUAAACUAUUGUAAUUAUGUUGUGACUGCUUGUCUGGUUGUGUUGUACCAUCCAAUAUGUUUUAUAAAUAUAUAUAUAUAUAUAUAUAUAUAAAGAAUAUGAUCAUAAUAAAUUAUUUUAGGUAUAUAUGUAUUGAAUGCGAUGCUGUAACGUUGAGCGAUUAUGAGCGAAGCAGUAGUAUUAUAGUGGUAGCAUUAGGUUACGAUGUGAUAGACGUUGCCUAACUUACCGUACAUUCUAAAUUUAUUUAAAUUGGUUAAUCAUGCACAAAAUAAAGGUCACACAUAAUAUUAAUACAAGCUUAUAUCGUAAAAAAAUAUUCUAUGGAAUUACGGCUUCGCGGAAGUAUCGUCUAAUCUAAAAUGUUUGUUUUUAUUUUCAUAAAAUCGGAUAUAUAUCACUUCAUAAUCGUCCCUGUUCCUAUUGGUUAUAUUUUAUGUUAUUUCCAAAUGGCCUGAAAUAAUGCGAAACAUAAGCUUUUUCUAACGCUAUACAACUUCAGUACACAUAAGCACAUUCUAUCGCGAAUUUAUUUUGCUACCUUUAUUUCCGACGUUUCAACGCAAGUUUCACUAGUCGUGGUCGCGGGAAAUUCGUGAUAGACCAGGUUUUCAAUAUGUUUCAAAAUGUGUUCAAAAGGCAAAAGCUUUAAAUGUUAUAUUAUAUCUUUUACUGUUGGCACCUGAACAUCACAUAUCUCGGCGAAUCAUAUGUCGAUGAUUUCUAUGAGACCGAUUCCUUUUCUUUUACAAAUUCGGGGUUGGCGCCGUAGUAAUAGUUGUCCUGAAUGGCCUACAUAAUAAUCUCUGGGUACCUAUGCCUAGACAUGAAAACGCCCUGCAUGUAGGCAUGUUUUCAGCGUGUUCAUUGAACAUUAGUACAGGUGCAUUCUAAACAGUAAAUUAUCGCAUAAUAUGAUUAGAUGAUUACGUUUGAAGGCCUUAGGAUAUGUUAUUACAAUAUAAAUGCAAUAUUUUACGUUUUCAUAAUACCUGGACAUGUAAUUGAAAGUCGUGGCCAGACAGAUUUAAUUUAUUUAGUCCUUUUUAUUAUUUUUACAAAUGUUUAAAAUAUGUAGGCCUAAUUACUCGCAAAUAACAAAGGGAGAAAUUAAAUAUAGACAACAUAAAUAGAUUGUCAAGCCAAUAACUGCAUUUAGUUUUUGAUGUACAUAAUUAUACUUUUCAAGCGUAUUAGGUAUAUUAUAAUGUACAUACACGAGUGAAGUAAAAACUGAAUUGUAAAAUGGUUUAUAUGAUAAACCGUAGUUAACAUUGUAUAAUAUAGCGAAAUUUUUUGAAGUAAUUUUUUAGUACUUAAUUUAUUUUUACGUACCUACGCUGUACCCACUUAAUGCAUUCCUAAGGUUUUAACGGUUCAGAAUAUUCAUUAUAAUGAAUAAAAUAAAUAUUUGAAUAACUUA